GGACGCGGCACUGGCGGCAGGCGGGCGGCAGGCAGGCUGAAGAGCUUCAGCCUUCAGUGCAGAUUCGCUUUGCUGACGUUCUAGAAAGUUUGGAGUCCUCCCAAUCCCAAUGUCUGCUCGAGUCAACUGUCAUUUAUGGAGGUCCUGUCACUCCUCAUCCCAUCAAUGAUCAAGGCCGAUAAGAGAAAGACUUUCCCUGCUAAAUUGUCCCAUCGAAAGCCGGCCUUUCCAGCAGGUCCAACUUGCCGCCAUCGUUCAACCGCUCCUCCACUUUUUGGAAGAGCUUUCUCCUUCUCUUCGACAGGGCUCUUUCGUAGCUGAGUAAGAGCCCACGGCAUCUUAAGAAGAUGGCCUCUUCUUUGGCCAGCUGCAGGGCUUUUGGAGGCGCCCUUCAAGUUGCGCCGAUCAGAUAUGGAAUGCAAUGCAAAGCGUCCACCUCGUCGAGCCAGGAAAGGUUGUUUAGACCUCAGCUUACCCAACGCAGUGUUGUGCUGGGGAUGAGGCUUCCACUGGUCCCUCAAGGCCGCUCCAAAGUGCGUAUGACUGCCACCUCACCAAACGAAGCCAUAAGUGGAGACCUCCCUUCUGAGGCUGUGAUUGAGGAUGCUACGCGAUUUGGAGUGUCCUUUCCAAAGACACUCUUUGAAUUCUCUGGCAAGCCUGGCUGGGGCAAGAGAGGCGACCCGUGGCAGCACCAUUUCGGCCUCCCGACCGCCCCCGGCGCCAACAAUUCCGCCACGUACCCCCAGUAUGACGUCACGCUCAACAACAUCACGUUCCACAAGAGCUUCGGCCACCUGUUCGCAACCCUCAACUUCCUCAUCCCGACCGUCAUGUUCUGGAACGACCCCACUCGCCAACCGAUCGUGCUGCUGCUCGCGUUUUGCACGGCGCAGACGGCCUUCGAGCACAUCUUCCACAUUGUGACCAAUCAGAUCCACUUCGUGCACCUCUGGAAGCAGAUUCCGAUCCUGGGUGCCGGCGCUCUGGCCCUCUACUACGGUGCCUGGGACGCUGCCCAGUCGGGCCCCCGCGACCUGCUUUUCUACGAGUGGUGGUACUUCCUGACCGUCUUUGUGGGCGGCACAAUCUUCGAGGGCUUCGUCACCCACUUUGGCAAGUUCUGGCCGGUCAAAGCCCCCGGAAGCGAAUGAGGCCAAAAUGACCCGGUCAGGCGUGGCCGGUCGAAGGCAUCGUCAUGUUGUGCAAUUAGCGUAAAUGAGUGUUUAUGUGAGUGCAUUAGUGCGCAGUGACGAAGUGUGUAAAAAGGGCUUGGCAUUGUGUUUGGAUAAUCAGGGAGAUUGGAGUCUUGGUUCGAAAACAUCGGGAGUAUUAUCCCGUGUGUAGGAUGCAUUCUACUUUUGUACAUUCUGGGAAGACCGUACAUUUUUACACAAGACCUAUACUUACAGAUAAUAUAGUAUGUAUAUGCGAGAUAGAUUUGACAUUGAGUUUUAUCUUGACAUUGAUAAUAUAGAUACAUUUGCCAAGAGAUUGAGAGGAAGGGCCGCCAAAAAUAUGUGAUUUAAUGAAGCUCACACAUCUUAAGAAAGCAAAAAUCUGAAUCUUAUCAAACUUGAAAGCCC